AUGAGCGUCGACGAGACGUGCGAGACGGUGCUGGUGAACGAUUUGCCCCGGGUCGCCGCCGCCGAGCGAUCGCUUAGCAAGCCCAGCCACCGUAUCGCGCAAUCCUCAGCUCCUCCACUCUCCUCGAAAAUAAUAACAGACGAGCGACGUCGGCGAAGGCGUCAGAGAGGGCGUCAGACCGUCGCUCACUCGGAACGUUCCGGAACCGACGCAAAUGUCGCACAGCGGAUUGGCGUGCCUGCCAAGCGACUGAUCAGCUCGGGCUUCUUCCACCCCACCCUCCGCGCCACUCGACGCUCGAGUCUCACCUCGUCGCUCUCCGCCCCUCGACUUGCGCAAUGGCCGCUUGAUAUUGCUCACCACUCGUUCACUUUCCGACAACCCCAAGCGAGCGCCAGACAGAUGCGGGACUACGACCCCACGCCCACGAACGAUAAGGGGGACCGGAAUCCGGGAUACGGACAAGGUUAG